GUGUAAACUAACAGAGCCACAAGUGUAAGUAAGGAUGACCGCGCCGCGCUCGGCACUGUCAUGCGCGUGGCACCUGCAGCAAGCGCUACGUCGCUCUCUGCAAACGUCUCUGCCUUCAAUUGAUGCGGCUUCUCUACCGGCUGCGUCGUUGGGAGUGCGUCGCUCAGCGCAGAGCGAUGCAGACUACCAGACGAGUCUGGCGCUUCAAUUAGGGAACCGCAAAAAGAAGAGCAAAGCAACUCCUCCACAACCCGAUGCUCCCACUCCCGAAAUGCUCGCUAACACCAUCGUAGAUAACUUGUCUACAGUUGAAGAGCAAGUAUGCCCUCUUCUCAAGGACGCGUUCGUCACCAAGGGCGGCUUCGUGAACCUCGUGCUGCACGACGAGUUUGUGGCCCGCCAGACUGUGCGCAUGGCCACACAAGGCGUUCAGCCCACUGUCCUCCCUCUUAGCGAGCAGAAGGACAUUCUGGUGGACUUCGCAGCCCCCAAUAUGGGCAAGAAGCUGCACGUGGGUCAUCUACGCUCCUCCGUAUUGGGCGACACCAUCUGCAACCUGCUCGAGUUCCGUGGCCACCGCGUAUCAAGAAUCAGCCACACAGGCGACGUCGGGUCCGCUCUAUCUACUCUUAUAGUGGAGCUCUUAGAGCAAGACGUGCCUCUUGAUACACUAACGGACGCUCAGUUGGGCAAAUUCUAUGAGAGUGGCAAGCGCCGAUUUGAGGUGGACACAAAUUUCAAGCACAAGGUGGACGAUGUUGUCCUCCAACUGCAACGACUCGGAACAGAUGCCGAAGUGGAUCCAAAAGUCCGAAAAGCGUGGACACGUGCAUGUCAAGUGAGUCGAGACGCCUAUCAGCGCAUCUUCGACCGUCUCCGAGUCAACGUCAACGAACGUGGCGAGUCCACUUACAUGCCGUUAGUGUCUCCAGUCGUCCAGAAGAUGCAGGACAGCGGCUUAGCGAUAGAAUCACGCGGCGCGCUGGGGAUUUUUCUAGACGGACCGGACAAACCUCCAAUGCUGAUUCGCAAGAGCGACGGCGGCUUCUUGUACGCUACAGUGGAUUUAGCGUGUCUUUAUUCUCGCAUCCAUGGCUUCCCAGGCGUAGAUUCGACCCAGUACGACGAGAUCGUGUACGUGACGGACCAGAGUCAGCAGCUGCACUUUAAGCACUUGUUCGCAGCAGUGAAACAAGCCGGAUGGACUAAAAGACAGGAUAAGGAGGACGUUAAGCUGACUCAUGCACCUUUUGGCUUGGUGCUGGGUCACGACGGGACGAAGCUCAGUUCACGCAACGGAGCGUUCGACUACCUGGAAGAUCUACUCAAUGGCGCCGCUGCAGAGUGUUCCCGUCAAGCUUUAGCCUCUGCUACUACGGGCGUCAUCGCGAGUGAACUCAAUUUGACUCAGGAACGGGUUGAUGCCCAGAACCGUGUGGUCGGAGACGCUGCUGUACGCUACUUUGAACUGGCGCAGCAACGCGAACGGAACUACAAGUUCAUCAUGAGUAAUGUGCUUAAUCUGAAGGGCAACACGGGUGUGUACCUCAUGUAUGCGUCUGCGAGACUGCAGGGUAUUCUACGCAAGGCGGGGGGUAAUGAUCGAGUGUCAUGGGACUCUUUUCUAGGACUUUCAAGGGACAGUCUGGCAGCUCAAGAUGUGCUGGCAAAGGCUUCAAUCGACUGGCAUUCGUCUGAACGUGCGUUGGCGUUGCUGCUCUCCCAGUUUGACGACGAAGUGGCAGCUACAUUGGCUCAUCUGUACCCGCACUACUUGUGCGACUACCUCUUCCGUGUGGCUGGCCACUUCCACGGAUUCUACGAGAACUGCCGCGUGCUGCAAGAUCCCCGCCAGGAUAGUCGACUUUUACUGUGCGCAGCCACCGACGCCGUUUUGAGACGAGGUCUACAGCUUGUCGGAGUUGAAGCUGUGGACCGCAUGUGAGGUAAGCCAAAUAUAACGUCACGAUUUUGACUGCGAAGAGUUUUAGAUUGUAUUUUGUGCCAAGCGGGGGUAAUGGCGUGGAGAGCUGCAGGGAUUUGGGUUCGGAGCUAUUGAUAAGAACAGCAAGACGGCCAAGUGACAAAGAAACUUGUCAAAGAUGUGCGUAUACACUUGCUAUAGGAUCAGAUUGGGCCAUGAACUCUGUGGAUUCUGACCUCGCAGAGGCAUGCAUCAGUCGGACCAAACCUGAUGAACGAAUACUGUGUGUGGAUGCGCCUAUUUUGGUUAACAAACCAAUUCUGGUUCCGUCGUGAAACGACCAUCACGUAUGAGCAUGUGGGGAAUGGACUGAUUAAUAUUUAAGUUGGAAGACUCUGAGGACUGCU